CUUUAUAUCAGAGAGAUUCUGCCUUCUCCUUUCUCUGCUCUUUCCCUGCAGUGCUGCUUAUCAUCCAAAACUUUCUUCACCUUCUUUCUCCGAGCAAACCAUCAUGAGUCGUGUUUCCUAUCGAGCAUCCUCCGGAGGAGCCAACAGAGGUUUUACCUCUGGCUCUGCCAUUGUUGGUGGCGGUGGCGGUGGCGGUGGGAGAACCAGUUUCAGCUCCUACUCUGUCUCUCGAAUUGGAGGAGCAAGAGCUGGAGGGAGUGGCAGCUAUGGACUUGGUGGAUUUGGCAGCCGAAGCCUGCACAACAUGGGUGGAAGCAAACGAAUUGCCUAUAGUGCCUUUGGUGGAGGUCUAAAAUCUGGUUAUGGUGGAGGAUAUGGCAUUGGUGGAGGAGCUGGUUUUGGUUACGGCAUGGGUGCAGGUGGAGCUGGCUAUGGUAUGGGUGGAGGUCCUGGCGCUGGCUUUAUGGUAGGUGGACCAGGUUUUGUAAGGGGUGGUCCAGGUUUUCCAGUUUGCCCCCCUGGUGGCAUCCAAGAAGUGACCAUCAACCAACACCUCUUGCAACCUCUCAAGCUUGAGAUUGACCCAGAGAUUCAACGAGUGCGUUCUCAAGAAAGAGAACAGAUCAAGACACUCAACAACAAAUUUGCCUCCUUUAUUGACAAGGUCCGAUUCUUGGAACAGCAAAAUAAAGUCCUUGAGACCAAAUGGGACCUCUUACAACAGCAGGGGACCACUGUUCAACGACGGAAUCUUGAGCCUCUUUUUGAGGGAUAUAUAAAUAACCUCAGGAGGCAGCUAGAUUCUCUAGUAAAUGAACGGGGGAGACUUGACUUAGAACUGAGGAAUAUGCAAGACAUGGUGGAGGACUUUAAGAACAAAUAUGAAGAUGAAAUUAACAAACGAACAGGUGCAGAGAAUGAAUUUGUGGUGCUCAAGAAGGAUGUGGAUGCCGCCUAUAUGAACAAGAUUGAACUUGCUGGCAAGUCAGACUCAUUGAAUGAUGAAAUUGAGUUCUUGAAAGCACUGUAUGAGACAGAACUAGCUCAAAUGCAGCAGCAGGUAUCGGAUACCUCUGUCAUAUUGUCCAUGGACAACAACAGAAACCUUGACUUGAACAGCAUAAUUGCUGAGGUCAAGGCGCAGUAUGAAGAUAUUGCCAACAGGAGCCGGACUGAGGCCGAAUCAUGGUAUCAAAGCAAGUAUGAAGAACUGCAGGUGUCUGCUGGGCGCCAUGGCGAUGACCUUCGCAACACGAAGACAGAAAUUUCUGAGCUUAACCGGGUGAUCCAGAGACUGCGAGGUGAAAUUGAUGCCUUGAAGAAACAGUGUGCCAACCUUCAGGCAGCCAUUGCUGAGGCUGAGGAUCGUGGUGAACUUGCUCUCAAGGAUGCUAGACAAAAGCUGAAUGAAUUGGAGGAAGCUUUACAGAGAGCCAAGCAAGAACUAGCCCGACAACUCAAGGAAUACCAGGAGCUCAUGAAUGUCAAGCUGGCCCUCGACAUCGAGAUUGCCACCUACAGGAAGUUGCUAGAAGGAGAAGAAAUCAGGCUGGCAGAAGGCAUUGGAAAUGUGAGCUAUUCUGUAGUCAGCAACACUGCCACCACCGGAUACAGUGCCGGAGGUGGCCUUGCGUUGGGAGGAGGACUCGGAGGAGGAUCUGCUGGAGGACUCGGAGGAGGAUUUGGAGUUGGAGUCGGUGGUGGUGGUGGUGGCUAUGCCAUUGGUUCUGGGAGCAACUAUGGGGGAAGUGGGUUUGGUUCAAUGAUCAGCACUGGAGGUGGUAGUAGUUACAGUUCUGGAGGAAGCCGCCUUUCCUCGGGUGGAGGAGGGGGUUCCAGCGUGAAGAUUGUAUCAAAGACCAGUACAAGCAGGAAAACUGCCUAUUAAAGUUGGGCCUCCUCCUGAACGACAAUUUGCAGGACCAGAUGCAAGUUGAAGCUCGACAACCCCAUUGUGUAAAUAAUGCAAAGGGGGGGAAAAGCGCUUUUCCUCUCUGACACUUUCACCUUUUCCAUAAAGGUCUAGCUCUAACCUUAAUCUGGACAGUUGCACCCAAAUCCAGCACAUUUUAUCUGUUCCCCUACUGGAACUUGAUCUGUCAGAGUUCCUCCACCUAGAAGAGCUGUAGCAGGAAGGCAACGGGUUGGUUUACAGAGGGAAAUGCAACCACAGUAAAUGAACCAUUUGUAUAAUCGUUUAAGGAAGGGUCCCAGAGCAAGAAAGUCUCUGUGGAGAUCAGUGGAAGCAUAUAUGGAAAAGAACGUCUAUGAACAUCAAUUCCAUGAUUGCCGCAUCAGCCAUUCUAUGACUAUUAGACACCUAAUGGAGGACAAACAUGGCGCUGAACGUUUUUCUAACAAAAUCAGUUUCUGCAACCUAGACAUAUUCAGCCGCAUCAGUAUCCUUAUUUUGUGCAAGAGACAUUCCAGUUUGCGAGUGACUGUACUCCUGGACAUGUGCAAAAUAAAUUGGUUUUAGAGAAAGACGUGCAGAAGCCAGUAAUUUUAAACACCUUCUUGGUUUCUUUGAUACAAGGUGAUAGCAUUGAUAUAAAGCAGAUAGGAUGGGGGUUUCUAGAUUGGCAAACUUCAUGGACUUGUCUCAUUCCAAACACAAUAUCUGAACUCUUUUCUCCUUUUUGAGCAUAUUCUUUGAAUUUUCAGAUGGAGACAAUAUAAAGCGGCAGACCAUUUUAACCAUGCCCUCUUCUACAGGAAAUUAGCUUUGAGACACAAAUGACAAGAUCUGUUCCCUUCCAACCUUACGUUCCCACAUAUGGUUCCAAUUCUCAUUCUUUCUCUCUUUGCCACAAAGCCUCUGUGCUUCCUUUCUUUAAAGUGAAAGCAAUGUUGGAAAAGGUGAUUGUUUCUGCUGCUGCUGCUGCUGUUUUAUGAAUUGUAACGCUUGAUUCUGAUGCCUAUGAACCUAUGCAAGUCUGCAUGGCAAAUAAAGAGCAAUUUUAAUUUUUAAA